GAUCGCCCCAAAAUCCGCCUCCCAAGAUACCUGCGUCAAACAUUUGUGAAACACGUCGGAGAGGCUGUGAAUCUUGUAAUUCCUUUCCAGGGUAAGCCAAAGCCUCAAGUUACCUGGACUAAAAUUGGACAGCCCCUGGACCCCAAACAAGCGAGUGUCAGGAAUAGUGAAAGCGAUACUAUUCUUUUUAUUCGUAAGGCUGAACAAAAAGACUCUGGAUCAUAUGAGGUCACAGUAAAAAUUGAUGACCUGGAAGAUAAAGCCAAGAUUGAAAUACAGAUUGCUGAACGACCUGGUCCACCCAAGGGUAUUAAGCUUGCGGAUGUAUGGGGAUUCAACGCAGCUCUUGAAUGGACCGCUCCACAGGACAAUGGAAAUGCAGAAAUUACAGGUUAUACUGUGCAGAAAUCAGAUAAGAAAACUGGGGAAUGGUUUACUGUCCUUGAGAAUUAUCGCCAAACUAACUGCACUAUUUCUGACUUGAUCAUCGGUAAUGCCUACUUCUUCAGGGUAUUCUCUGAGAACCUGUGUGGACGUAGUGAGAAAGCUGCCACAACUAAAAAUCCCGCUGUAAUAAAAGAAAAUACAUACAAGCCUCCUGAGUAUAAGGAGUGUGCUUUGUUAGAAGCACCAAAGUUCACUCAGCCUCCUAGUGACCGAACAACAACACAUGGAUAUACUACUAAACUGGUGUGCAGCGUUCGUGGCAGCCCCAAGCCUAAAGUUGUCUGGAUGAAAAAUCAAAUGGAAAUUCGUGAAGAUCCCAAAUAUCGGUCACUUGUCAACCAAGGUGUUUGCUCCCUUGAAAUCCGCAAACCCAGCCCAUUUGAUGGCGGUGUGUAUACUUGCAAAGCCAUUAACUCUCAGGGAGAAGCAACUGUAGACUGCAGACUUAAUGUUAAAGGUAAGCAGCUGUAUACUUUGAAGUUUUGUCUAAGGUGUUGA